UCCGCCCGCAUAUUUUGUCACGGUGAAUAAAUGCGUGAACGCAGAGGAGCAAAACAAACCGCCAUUGUGGCUCUCUAAGCGCCAUUGUGGCUCUCUAAGCGCGUCCUCGCUUCGUCAUGGCGGAGGGCAGCGGGAGUGUUAACCACGCCAUCCUCCCUCCGGGGGACCCUCAGCUUAUCGCGAUGAUCGUGGAGCACCUGAAGAACCGGGGCCUUUUCGACGAGUUCCGCCGGGACUGUUUGGCAGACGUUGACACCAAGCCUGCUUACCAGAACCUUCGCCAGAAGGUGGACAACUUUGUCGCAUCCCAUCUGAGUACUCAGGACUGGAACCCGUCCAUCAACAAGAACCAGAUGAGGAACGGACUAAGACAGAGUGUUGUCCAAUCUGGCAUGUUGGAGUCCGGGGUGGACCGGAUCAUCACGCAGGUCGUGGACCCGAAGAUGAACCACACGUUCCGACCGCACAUCGAGACCGCCAUCCACGACUUCCUGUCAGGAGAGAAAAGGGAGGACAGCAACACUGAGCAGACGGAGCCGUGCGAGGGCCAGUCCGCCUCGGGCCCCAGGACCCCGCGCACACGCUCGUCACUUAUCUUGAACUUAUUUCCUAUUCAAAGCUUGUGCACGAGGCCGCCCGGCGAUUGGCUGACGCGAACGCGCACGCUGUAUAAAAGCGGCUCCGCGCUCGCGCACUGCACGCCCCCUCCCCAUACUCCGAGCGCGGACAUGAACACGCAUGCGCCGGCCGUGCUCCUGCUUCUCUGGCUCUCCGCGUGCGGACACCUGCGCGGCUCGGACAUGCGCGACGUCACGGACGACAGACACGCGGCUGACGCGAAACGUCGCCUCUCCCCGCAGAGCACAGCGGACAUCCAGACCUGCCUGGUGAGUUCAAACGACGUGGGCUGUGGGACUUUUCAGUGCUUCAGCAACAACUCGUGCGAGAUCCACGGGCUGCAUCACAUCUGCGUCACGCUGCUGCACCACGCGGGACACUACGACUCACAGGGCAAGUCGUUCGUGAAGGAGGCGCUGCGGUGUCUGGCGCUGGGCCUCCGUCAGCGGUUCAGCUGCGUCAGUCGUCGCUGCGUGGCCGUGAAGGAUCUGCUCUUCUCGCUGCAGAGGGACUGCUUCUCCAAGCACCAGCUGUGUCUCGCCGUGCGGGACCACCUGGACACCGUGAGCAGCCUGGUCCACUUCCACCUGCUCUUCCCCCCCGGACCGCAUGCUGAGCUGAUGAACUUCCUGUUGGAGUGCGGCGACGCCGUCCGGUCCUGGGUGGGCCGCCGCCUGCGGGGACAAUGUGAGCAGCACUGGGGGGCGCUUUGCGGCAGUUUCAGCCCCGCCUGUCUGGACGACCCACCCACCGGCACGCCAAGACCACCAGCCAUAGUGACCCAUGCGGCGGACAACGUGACGUGGUCCGGACUCAACGCCACGGAUAAUCUCUAAUGGUUUUUUUGUAUUUUUAUACUUUUUUUUUUUUUUUUUU